AUGGAAGGAAGAAAAAGUGUCGCAAACAAUUCAAACAUUAACAAUUCUCAACCGCUAACCAAAGCCAAAGCCCCACAACCUCCAAGAACCGGCACAGCGGUUAGAAUAACCGCCAAAAGGUCUAACAGCGAAUUAAGAGAAAUUCUUCAACAAAUUUGCUCUAAAUAUCUCAAAGACGCCGAAGAAAACACACAACCAGACGCUACAUACAAUACUCAGUUCUGUGAAGUUCUGAACAAAGCAAUUACUAGUUCAAUUGAACUUACUAAGACAAUUCCAAGUCCAAUUGAGCUUAGCGAUGUCUUAGUUCAGUAUUUUCCAACAUUUACUAAGCUUAUAAUGUUGAGAACUUUAUACCAAGUUCGUCAAAAUCUUCCUCGUUCCAUCCAACGGUCAUUCGACAAGAGAAUUGCCGAAUUUCAAGUCUUUAGUUACGGAUAUGACAAAGAUGAAUACGAGGACGAGUUCGGAGACAACUGUACAAAAUGGUUUGAAUGUUAUACGACAACACAAUUUGAAUUCGACUUUCUCGAAUUCAACGCAGCAACCAUUCAUAUCAUUGCUCUUUACCUUUCCGAAGAACAACAAGACCUCGCAGAUGGAGAUGUUGUUACUGUCGUCAUGAAAACUCCUGAACAAUUCGGAAAAAAGAAGUCUCUAAUUGCCAAAUUUGUUCCAGGACAUCAGCUUUUCCAACGCACAGAAGUCUUCUGUAUUCCUGGAACUAAGUUCUUUGUCAGGAGCGAACUCAAAGAAAGAUAUAAUGUGUCAUUCAAUUACACAUUAUAUAAUGUUUUCGACCCAGAAGAAGGCUUCUUCCCAGAAGCAAUGGAGGAAGAAGAAGAGGAGGAGGAAAUACAAGACUCAAUCCAAGAAGAGUCCUCCGAAUUCACACCAGAAGACUAA